AGGGUGCCAGUGAUGCCCGGAUCGCCUGUGGAAGUGAAGAUACAGUCCAGGUCCUCUCCUCCCAACAUGCCACCACUGCCUCCUGUGAACCCUGGUGGCCCCCGGCCGGUGUCCUUCACCCCAACUGCACUGCCCAAUGGAAUCAACCACUCCCCCCCGACGCUGAACGGGGCACCAUCCCCACCCCAGCGCUUCAGCAACGGCCCUUCCUCCUCUUCCUCCUCCUCGCUGACCAACCAGCAGCUCCCAGCCACCUGUGGUGCCCGGCAGCUCAGCAAGCUGAAGCGGUUCCUCACCACCCUGCAGCAGUUCGGCAACGACAUCUCACCAGAGAUCGGGGAGAAGGUCCGGACCCUGGUGCUGGCGCUGGUGAACUCAACGGUGACAAUUGAGGAAUUUCACUGCAAGCUGCAAGAGGCCACAAACUUUCCCCUUCGACCAUUUGUGAUCCCCUUCCUGAAGGCCAACCUGCCCCUGCUGCAGAGGGAGCUGCUGCACUGUGCCCGGGCUGCCAAGCAGACACCCUCCCAGUACUUGGCACAGCAUGAGCACAUCCUGCUGCACACCAACACCACCUGCCCUGCAGACUCCUCUGAGCUCCUCAUCGAGGUCAAUGGCAAUGGGAAGAGGCACAGUCCAGACAGAAGAGAUGACAGCAGCUUUGAGAGGGAGUCGCUGCCAACGGAGCCUCCGGCCAAGAGGGUGUGCACCAUCAGCCCCGCACCCCGGCACAGCCCUGCCCUGACAAUCCCCCUGAUGAACCCCGGGGGGCAGUUCCACCCCACCCCCCCACCUCUCCAGCACUACACCUUGGAAGAUAUCGCCACCUCCCACCUCUACAGGGACCCCAGCAAGAUGUUGGAGCACAGAGAAAUUCGGGACCGGCACGGCGGCCUCGGUUUGAAUGGGGGAUACCAGGAUGAGCUGGUGGACCAUCGCCUGACGGAGAGGGAGUGGGCUGACGAGUGGAAGCACCUCGAUCACGCGCUGAACUGCAUCAUGGAGAUGGUGGAGAAGACGCGGCGCUCCAUGGCCGUGCUGCGGCGCUGCCAGGAGGCGGAUCGGGAGGAGCUGAACUACUGGAAGCGGCGCUGCAGCGAGGCUGAGCCCCGCAAGGCAGGCACUGAGCUGGGCUCCCGGCACAGCCCCGGCUCCUCCGACCCCGAUUCCUUGCGGGAAUUCAGCAGCAGGUCGGGAACAGGCUACGUCACUGAGGAGAUAUGGAAAAAAGCAGAAGAAGCUGUGAACGAGGUGAAGCGCCAGGCCAUGUCGGAGGUGCAGAAGGCAGUGGCAGAAGCUGAGCAGAAGGCUUUUGAGAUGAUUGCCUCGGAGAGGGCGCGGAUGGAGCAGACCAUCGCGGACGCCAAGCGCCAGGCCACCGAGGAUGCUUUCUUAGUGAUAAACGAGCAGGAGGAGUCUACAGAGAGCUGCUGGAACUGCGGUCGCAAAGCCAGCGAGACGUGCAGCGGCUGCAACAUCGCCCGCUACUGCGGCUCCUUCUGCCAGCACAAGGACUGGGAGAGGCACCACAGGAUCUGUGGCCAGGGCCUGCACGGCCAGAACAAGCCCCUGGCUCUGCCCUCGGGCCGCUCGGCCACCAAGAGCCUCGAUGGUGUGUCCAGCCCUGCCCUGGAGAAGACUUCGGCCACCACCUCCCGCUCCUCCACCCCCGCCUCCGUGACAGCGAUAGAUACAAACGGACUCUGA